AUGUCCAUCCCUCCCAUUUCCGCAGACUUACAAGCAUACUUCUGUCAGUACGGCAUCCCGACGGGGUGCCAUUUGAGCCUCCUUUCAUCAGCGACCUUUGACUGGGCCACGGUCAACCCGCCCCCGCAACUCGACUUUGGCCAGCCACUGUGGGCCACCAACGGGGCAGCAGGGCAUGUGGCCCAACAUAAGAGCUCAAGCGGAAUGCAGGGACGAGUCACCCGCUCGAUGGCCCAAGAUGACGACAUCCGAGGGCAGAUGUCGUUACAUUCCCAACUGCCGCCCCCGGCGCUGAUCAUGAGCGGGACGACCGCGAAACGUAAGGCGCCGCUCGACGAAACGGACACAAGGACCGUCCGGAGGUCAAAUGGAGUUCGGGCGACACGCGAGGACGUUCAUGCGGCUGAGGCGGAGGCCGCAGAGGGGUUGCCAUUAGUACCCCAGAUGCUGGCCGAAGCCAAGGUCGCGCAAUCAAUUACAAGCAAAUUCAACAACGGGUACCAAGAGGAUUAUUUCCACAUGGUGCAUCCGUUUGUCCAAGUCGUACCUGCAUCUGUUGCAGGACCUAGCCAUCAACUAGCGAUGACAGGGCUCGACACACCGAGGACGAUCCAGAGAAGGAGAAAAGCCUCGAAGAGGAAGGCGAGUGCGCGUGCGAAAGGCAAGGCUCGCGGUAAGCGGGCUGCUGGCGUGCAGGCCGAGGACGAGACGGAGGGGGAGGCGAAGAGCACCCGAGCAGGUACAUCGAGGCGCAAAGCACCUGGAAACGGGCCAUGGGUUUGCGAGCUUCAUAAAACCAAGUUCGGGCGCUCAUACGAUCUCGCCCGACAUAAUCAGACCGUGCACGAAGGGUCUGGUGGCCCCGUUCAAUGCGAGUGUGGGGCUCUCUUGUGUCGCGAGGAUGCGCUUGCGAGGCACAAGCGCAGUCCUAUGGCCUGCCCUCUCCGCCUGCGACGACGAUGA